AUGGCCUCGAUCGAGGAGGCCCGCGGGGCUCCCGCGAGGCGCGAGGUCUCCGGCGCCGCCGCGCCGCCCUCGAGGGCCGAGCUGGAGGCCUUCGCCGCGAAUGUGGAGGCCGUCCUUCGGCGCGAGGAGCCGCCGCGGCCCCCGGCGCCCGCAGCCCGCGCCGCGCCGCCCGCCGCCGCCGCGGCGCCCCGCGCGCGGCGGUGGGCCGACUUUUCGGACGACUCGGAGGUCGAGGCGCCCGCGCCCGCUGUGGCAGCCGCGGCCCGUCCAGCCAGCUUUGCCCGCCCCGCCGCCGACGCCGCAGCGGACGCAGGCGGCGCGGCCGACGGCAGCACCGCGGCGGGUGCCAAGGCGGCAGCUGCGCUGGUCGCGUGCGCAAGGUGUGGCAAGCUCCUGGGGCGCGCCAGCUUCAGCCGCCGGGCCUGGCGCAGGGCGCGCGGCCUCGGCGGGCGCGAGGAGAGCCUGGCGAGUACGCGGAGUGCCUGGAGUGCAGCCCGACCGGCAGGUAACCCCAGGGCGCGGGCGCGGCGCGCUCAGCGCCGUUCGGCCCCUUCCCUCCCUCCCUCUUCCCCUUCCUUUACACAUCCCUCGAACAUCGAUCCUCUCCCUUUCUCCCUGUCCGCUCCUGUAGGGUUGCGGCCCGCGGCUCGCGGCUCCCGCGACUGGUCGGCGCUACCCGCUGUCGUCGCCGCCAUUCGAUUUGCCGACCGCGCGCCCCGAGAAGGGACUCGCGCUCCCGCGCGCGCGCACUCUGGGUCCUUUUGUUGCUUGUCCCCUGUACGCCGUAGAGUGUCUCACCCUCGCACGAAGCUGUGCGUGUUUUGCCGCAUCCUUCUCGGCACUUCCUUGGCCGCGAGCGGCCUCCGACGGUCUCACUGCUGCCCUCCCCGCGCCUCGCUCCCUCCUCGCCCUCCUUCCCUCGUCCCACCCUCCACCUUCGAUCUGCCUCCCGCUCGUUCUCACCCACCUCGGUCCCGUGGCCCCUGCUGGCGCGGCCAGCCUGCUCGGAGAGCGCUCGCCCCGCAGGCCGCCCCACACAUGUUCAUUUAA